CCCAAUCUCUUCUAGCGCAGGAGAAGCUAACGGGAGCACCGACUGCAACCAUGAAGCAGAUUUAAAAGAAAACAACGUAGGGUCUUCAUCCGUAAGACAACCAAAUUUACCUUUACAUCACAAAAGGCGGAUCGCAGCACGAAACGCACGGAAAACAACCAUGCAGUUCAAAUACAGAAGACUUUAAAUGAAAUAAUAUAUUUCACUAAAGGAUUGUUGCGAUCCUUCAAGGUUGGAUCUGCUAGAGGUUCUCCCUUAUCGCCUUAGAUUAGCCCAGUGCGGCGGCUGAGGUUUAUCCCCGGCCGGCUAACAUGUCCGUGGAGGAACAGGGCUAUCCUGAAGCGAUGGUGGUGACCGAAGAGGGACCAGAGUGGCUGCGGGCUGAGAUAGAGCGCCUUUCCCGGGAGCUGAGCGAGACGACCCAUGAGAAGAUCCAGGCAGCGGAGUACGGUCUUGCCGUGCUGGAGGAAAAGCAGCAACUGAAACAGCAAUUUGACGACCUGGAAAUCGAAUAUGAGACCGUUCGUCAGGAACUCGACCAGCUUAAGGAGGCCUUUGGACAAGCUCACUCCAACCACAAGAAGGUGGCGGCGGAUGGGGAGAGCCGGGAGGAGUCGCUCAUCCAGGAGUCGGCCUCCAAAGAGGCGUACUACGAGCAGAGGGUCCUGGAGCUGCAGACGGAGCUCAGGCAGAUGAGGAACGUCCUGACCAACACCCAGUCUGAGAACGAGCGUCUGGCCUCUCUGGCCCAGGAGCUGAGAGAGAACAGCCAGGUGGUAGAACUGCAGCGAAGCCGGCUUCGUGAUGACAUCAAGGAGUACAAGUUCCGGGAGGCGCGCCUGUUACAGGACUACACCGAGCUGGAGGAGGAGAACAUCUCGCUGCAGAAGCAGGUGUCCGUACUCAAGCAGAGUCAGGUGGAGUUUGAGGGGCUGAAGCACGAGAUCCGCAGGUUGGAGGAGGACAUGGAGUUCCUCAACAGCCAGCUGGAGGACGCCAUCCGACUGAAGGAGAUCGCCGAGCGGCAGUUGGGGGAGGCCCUGGAGACCAUCAAGACGGAGCGCGAGCAGAAGAACAACCUGCGCAAGGAGCUGUCGCACUACAUGAGCAUCGGGGACACCAUGUACCACAGUCCCCUCAGCAUCUCCCUGGACGGCCUGAAGUUCAGCGACGACGCCGCCGAGCCCAACAACGACGACGCGCUCAACGGCUACGAGAGCAGCUUCAGCAAGCUGGCCAACGGCCCCGCGGACAACAAGGUCUCCACGCCCAAGAAGAACGACCUCUUCAACCCCGCCCCCAGCCUGGUCAACGACCUGCUCAGCGAGCUCAACAUCUCGGAGAUCCAGAAGCUCAAACAGCAGCUCAUGCAGGUGGAGAGGGAGAAGGUGAACCUGCUGGCCACCCUGCAGGACUCCCAGAAGCAGCUUGAGCACGCCCGUGGGGCUCUGUCCGAGCAGCACGAGAAGGUCAGCCGGCUCACCGAGAACCUCAACGCCAUGAAGAAGCUGCAGGCCAGCAAGGAGCGGCAGUCGGCCCUGGACAACGAGAAGGAGCGCGACAGCCAUGAGGACGGCGACUACUAUGAGGUGGACAUCAACGGGCCCGAGAUCCUGGAGUGCAAGUACAAGGUGGCCGUUUCGGAGAUCGGCGACCUGAAGGAGGAGCUGAAGGGACUGAAGGUGAAGUACGAGGACUGCCAGUCCAAGUACGAGGAGGAGAAGGGCCGCCUGGAGAGCGACGUGUCGGUGCUGUCGGAGAAUCUGUCCUCCCUGGAGAAGACCAACCGCACGGACCGGGACCAGGUGGUGCGGCUGGAGAAGGAGCUGAAGAAGGUGAGCGACGUGGCCGGGGAGUCGCAGGGAAGCCUCAGCGUCGCCCAGGACGAGCUGGUCACCUUCAGCGAGGAGCUGGCCAACCUCUACAACCACGUCUGCAUGUGCAACAACGAGACGCCCAACCGCGUGAUGCUCGACUUCUACAAGGAGGGCAAGGGAGGCCGCAGCAGCCCCGAGGGCCGGGGCAGGCGCUCCCCGAUCCUGCUCACCAAAGGGCUCUUCCCCGAACCCGCCAAGGCCGAAAACGGCGACGCAACCCCGUCCCCCGUCUCCUCGCUCCCCUCCCCCGUCAGGGAGCCCAUGAACAUCUACAACCUGGUGGCCAUCAUCAGGGACCAGAUCAAGCACCUGCAGAUGGCGGUCGACCGCACCACGGAGCUGUCCCGCCAGAGGGUGGCCACCCUGGAGCUGGGGCCCGUGGCGGACAAGGACAAGGAGGCCUGCAUGGAGGAGAUCCUGAAGCUCAAGUCCCUCCUGAGCACCAAGCGAGAGCAGAUCGCCACCCUGAGGACCGUGCUCAAGGCCAACAAGCAGACGGCUGAGGUGGCGCUGGCCAACCUGAAGAGUAAGUAUGAGAACGAGAAGGCCAUGGUGACCGAGACCAUGAUGAAGCUUCGCAACGAGCUGAAGGCCCUGAAGGAGGACGCCGCCACCUUCUCCUCACUCAGAGCCAUGUUCGCCACGCGGUGUGACGAGUACGUGACGCAGCUGGACGAGAUGCAGAGGCAGCUGGCGGCGGCCGAGGACGAGAAGAAGACGCUGAACUCCCUGCUGCGCAUGGCCAUCCAGCAGAAGCUGGCCCUGACGCAGCGGCUGGAGGACCUGGAGUUCGACCACGAGCAGUCGCGGCGAGGCGGGCGGAGCAAGGCCUCCUCCGCCCGCGGGAAGGGCGCCCCCGCCAACCCCCACGUAAGUCACGGGCACUCCUGCGCCGUGCGGCCCGAACCCGGCAGCGUGGCUGGCCCCGUGGUCUUCUGCAGUGAGAAGUACAAGAUCUACUGCGACUAGACGCCGCGGCUCUGUACAGAGGGGACCCCCGGCCUCCCCGCCCUAGUUUAAGCCCCCCCAUGCUUAGCGCUCCGUGUGUCAGGUCUGCGGUUAGAGGCGCUGUCGCAGCGCCGCGCAGACGGCCGUCACGCCUGCUCGUAUAUGCGUAUGGGAAUGCAUAGUAAUGUAUGGCAUGACGAUAGCUCUUUACAGUUUGCGUUGGGUUUUUGCUGUUGAGGAAUUUCUCGUGCUGUUUGUGAAGGCCUGCAGUUUCCCGCUUGUAGUGACCUGCGUCCGUGGGCUGGUAGCGUGGGGCCGCGCAUCGACGAUGGCGUUUCCUCUUCCUCUGUCCUCUCCCCUCUCCUGUAGCAGACCUAACGCUAGCCUCUGCUCCCUCCUCUUCCUCUUCCUGGAGCCCCGGCCCAGGGCCUGGCUCAGCUGGGCGGACUGUCCGCUCACGCCGCACACAAUAUGCAGAAAUAUGCAAACCUCCCCUCAUUCCUGGGGGAACUUGGCCUCACCAGCCAGAGAACACUGGCUUCAUGAGACCUGUAAUCUGGAAGAAAAAAAAAGCCUGAUGAUGAUUGGGAAUCCCAAUUGGAUGAGAUUCAAUUCCAAAACCUUUUCCAAUUGGCUGUUGGCAGUCUUGAUGGAGGGGGGAUCUGCUGAACCCCAAUGCGGAUGUACAGGUCUGUUCAGAGAACCUAUCGCAUUGCUACGCUUUACGGUAUCUGUGCCACUAGUUCAAUUAAAGCUGUUUUUGUUUCUUUAAAGCUGGCUGCACGCAAUGCAAGCACAUAUUCCACAGGGCUCUACAUUGGAAAGAGAUGCACGGUACAUGUCUUUGGCAGAUUUCAAAGAAACCAUAGGGCUUUUCCUCAUGACUAAACCUGUUCUGAGGAGUUCUUUCAGAGCCAUAUAUAAAGUGAGAGAAAAUCGAUCUCCACGUCCAAAUUAAGUGCACUUCAUAUUCGGUGCCUCAACCCUCUGAACUGUGAACAGCUGAGAGUGUCUGCUGUUCAAAUCAAAGAACACGAAUAAGGUCAAUUUGAUUAAAAGCUAAUGGUAUUAUUUUCCGAUAUAAAUCUCUGAUCCAGAAGCACAAAAGGACGGCACAGCAGUCGGAUUUGUUUCCUGAAACAAAAUCUGACUCCUCGGAUGUGCCUGUCUACCAAGUCAUCUGAGAUGUGGAUGUACAGCCCUGUAUUUUGUGUCUGAAUUCAAGCUAACGCUAUUUUCUCCCUCUUCCCGCUCGCUUUCCUGCCUCUGCAAGCUGGUCUGGAGCUCUCUAAUGAAAGCUCUGGAUCGGCUGAACCCUGCGUCUCUAACGCUGUCCUGUCUCUUCGCACUGACCUUCCUCUCUUAGAUUGUCAGCAGCUUGCUACCUUUGCAGCCUACCUUCAAGUAGCGGGGGGAGAUCCUCUUGUUAAAGUCAGGUAAUAACCUCUGUUCUUGCUGAUGGAGGAGUGUGUUUUCAUCAGUAAUCGAUAUUGCAAGUCGGCCAUGAAAAGACCCGUGGCUGUGGAUAUGAACUUGAACUAGCGUCGUACAGAUGUUUAUGGUGUUGGAGAAUCUGCAACUGCCUGCUUACUAGGGAGCAAAAAUCUGGCAACUCCGUCCAGUAAUGAAUAGCUUUAAUGUGCAAGCUAGGCUGUCAAUGAAGAUGUGGGGCUUCUAGGUUCUUUUGUUAACUCUUGUGGAUCAUAAACACUUGAAUGUUAGCUUUAUACUACUAAAAAGCAGGAUUGACGUGGGAAAUUCAGUAUGGAGAAAAACUAGCUCCAGAUAUAGUGUGGCUAUUCUUCUUAUGGCCAUGUUCAGAUUUUUACCUUCCAGGAACCUUGUUGCCUCUAAAAUAAUUACCGUAGGUGGAAAGUGCUGGAGGCAAUGCUAGUUUUGGCAGAAUCUGGAAAAAGAUCAAUGACAUAGUCAACCCUGCUUUUCCCUAUGCUGCACUCGCUCUCCCUGGCCUUCAGCAUCGUCCUGUGGUUGCUAUGAGGAGGAUCUGAGACCAUGCUAACUAUGGCCAUGGCUUGUAUUCUAAAGGAACUGAUAUUUGGGCAUUUGAAUUAAGAAUCUGGUAAAUAUUCUCCCACUAAUCUUGGAAGCUUGAGCAAAAGAACACACGCAGUCCCGGCAGGCUUCCCUGAGAUGCGGAAUCCUUGGUCUCUCAAAGUACCUGGAAGAAUGCGUGUAGUCUAUUGUGGAAAUGUGUGACAGUUACUUUGGGGGAACGUCAAGUGAUUUUGAAAAAGAUUCUUUGCAUAUUUCUUUUUUUUACUUGGGCCUGGACUCUACAGAGGACAUUGAUUCAAACUAGCUGUGGAAGCAGCCUAGUGUGGUUCUUAGAUUUGAAACCCCCUAUGGAAACGUGCUCUCCGAAAGCACCAAACGUUAGGGUAGAUUUUUAAUAAUAGAUUUUUUGAUAACGUUUUGUGAUUUAUAGCGGGAGAACUAAUGUAAUUUGAACUUUGGGACUAGUUUGAAAUCAAUGUCUGCUCAUCAGGACCCAGCAUGUGAGCUGACCACACCGUCUCCUACCUCUGCUUGCCACGAACCUUUUACUUCACCGGUUUACGCUCACGCAUUCUCCAUUUUCCUUUUGGUUUCCUUCUCUCUUUUUUGUUGUUGCCUGCAUGUGAAAGACACGCCCACAGUUGACCUGCAUGUUACUGGAGAGUGUGUCUUUCCCCUCCCCUCUUCUCUGAUUGGCUGUCAUGUGCAUGGCACGCGAUCCAGGGACUGGUACUUAUGAGCCGUUCGCUUCCUGCACCAGCUGCUCUUCCUGUGUCGCCAUGAGUCCAGGCUUUUUGCUACAGGAGAGGCUUUUUGUCAAUAAAACUAAACGGGGGAAAAAGAGGCGAUUAUAAUAACAAUAAUAACAAUGGUGAUGUCAACAAAAGGAGAGGCUUUUAAACACACUGCCUGCAUCUGGCUUUUGGACACUAACCAAUUUUUCGCACCUUCUUAUUUGAACUAACUUGGCUUUUCAACCCUGGCGUGCAAUUUUUUUUUACAUCUCACUCACUGAUAUAGCAUUUUGGUUAUUUAUCUAUAUGUUAAUGCAAAUUUUGAUAAUUUCUUUUGUUUCUCCAUUUUGCAGUAAUAUAGUUGCGCCCGGAUGUGGAGUGUCCAACAAAGAAUGCGGUCGCACGACCAACUUCAAAUUCAGUACGGCAGCAACAGCUAGCGUUGCAUGGCCAUUUGGACUUAUGAAAACCACUUGGAGGUGAUUUUUUAAACAAAAACAGGACCUAUUCCUCUUAGCAUACAAACACUACAGCAUGAAUGUCACGCCAGAACAAAAAAUAGUUUUAUUUUUCAAGCGCUGCUGCAGGAAGAUGAUACUCACAAGUACCCAGAAGCCCAUUGCUGCCUUCCUUCUUUAGCGAUCAAGAUUUUGAUUGGCUGCAAAACUCUGAAAUAAAUGGGGAGGGGUUGUUUUUCAACACAGCGUACUGCAAAUAAUUUUAUUUGAAUUUAUCUUGCGCACUUUUAAUAUAAGGGUAUUUCACUUUGGCUUCCUUUUUUUACAUUAAUCUUGGACAGGUUUGUAGUGCUUUGGUUUGUGAGUCAUAUUAAAGGUAUUCAUUAAUAGGAAUAGAUUUUUAUUUUAUUUCAAGCGACCUUCUGUGCACAAGGCACAGGGAAAUGAUGCUCCCAAAUUCUAAUCGUACUACAAACCAGAGUUCUACCUGCUGUGCUUCAGUGAGUUAAUCCAUGAGUAUAUUAAUAAGCUUUUGUUAUUUUUAUGUUUAUCAUAAUUAUUAUUGUUGUUGUUAUUAUUUACUGAUGUUAUACUGCCAUGUUCUAAACAAAAUCCAGGGUGGACAAAUUCUGGGCUUUUCAUGUAUUAUUAUUCUUAGGAAUAGUUCAAAGUAACAAGGCGAAACUUGAUGCGAUUCUGGUUUAAAUGGUAACAGGCACUUGAAAACCAUGAAUAAAAUAAUUCGUAUUUCCAAUUUCCAAUGCCAUUCCAGAAUCUGUGGAGUUACAUUCAGGCGGGAUCACUGAUGGACAGAAUUCUUUGCAAAUGCAGCAGUUAAAUUCCAAAUUGGAAUGGUGUCAUUCUCUCUUCGUUUAUCGUGCCAAAUCUUGGUACAUUUAGGUUUUAAAAAUGAGAAGAAAAAAAACGAGAGGUGGUAGAAGACCGUGUGUAUUUGGUUUGUGAUUCCUGCGCCUUGUUUUGUUUCGUUUUCUCCAUUUUGACCAGUAGUGCCUUUCAUUAUUUCAAGGGAGAAUUGUAGACUAGGUAGAUUCUUUUUAAUGAAGUAGUUUGUCACAAAACUUUAGUUUAAAAGGAAUUUAGGAGCAAUAAAUGCAAAGAGAAUAGUCCUUUUUGCCUGAAUAUGAUCAUAGUCAUAUAAUUAGAUAAGAAAACAAAUUGUGUUGAAUUCUGUAGGUCAGUGAUCCCAUUCGCUUGCGGAAUUGCUAAUUCAGGGGUAUAGUGAAACGUAUUUUUAUCAAACUGGGAACCAAAAGUAAUCACUUUGGCCUCCUAAUGAGUAAAAUGGUUCAGAUCUAACACAUUUGUGGGUGCAGGACAAUAUACUAUUUGAAAUAUUUACGUAUCUAUAGCUUUGUAUGGUGAAGGUAACGUGAUAUCAAUAGUAUUGUUGGCACAUGUGCAAGAGAGUGGUUUUUCUUCCUUUUGUUGGUUUAUUUUUUUCAUUUCAUUUUGUUUAAAUGUUAAUUUUUAUACAUCAUCUAAAAGUGUUGUUAUUUCAGUAAACAGAAAGCAGAUUUCGCAUCAACAAGCUUGUGCCAUGUCAGCGAUGACGUUUGUUGAGGCAUUAAAAUGUCAAGUUAUUGAUAUGGUUGGGAAGUUUAAAAUUAAGUGCAAUUCAAAUGCUGUUUUACGUGGAAAAUUAAAGUUUUCUGUUUGCUGGAAGGGAUAGCAUUGUGAUACUAGCCGUGCAGACUAUAUUGUCAUAUUCUGUUACAGUAUUGACUCAUAUGAGAAUUUGAUACCUUUAUAUAAAAUAAUGACUUCAUCUGUGUUGGUAUUUAUUUGAAAUGACGUCAUGCAGUACUGUAUUACUUUAAUGUGCAUUAUGAUUAGUGGCAAAUUGAUCUCAGUUUAAUGUCAUGCAUGUACUUCAGUCAUGGAACCUUUACACGCAGCUGAAAACAAAUCUAAAACUCUGAAAAUGUAACUUUAAAAUAAAUAAGAAAAAAAUGAACAAAAAAAAAAAACUUUAGGCAUUAAUGUAUUAUUGCGAACUAAUCCAAAAAAAAGUUUUGUUUUCUCUAGAAAGGCUGUCUGUCUGUGUAAAGGUAGUCAUACUGGCUAAAUCAAUAAAUGUGACUAAAAAGUC